AUGAACAUAGGAUCCGAUCUUAUUCCAUCUUGCUAUACAGGCGAAAUUCGAAGAAUGAACCGUGUUGCUCAAACCAAUCUCCCUAAGACAGUCCUGUACAGACAAAGGGUGCUUUUGUAUCUCUUCUUAAUGAGCCUUGCCGGACGUCGUUACAUUCCAACCGUAAUUUGCGAAACCUUCAUCUUUGACAGGGCAGUGUUGUGUAAUGUUCAGGGUUCAUUACUACUUUGA